UUGCGGCAUGAAUUCAGCUUGUGCAGAGUUUACAAGAAAUCAAAGUGUGUUAGGGCAUUUGACAGAAGGCCAACUGGUUUUGGUAUUAUUGAAGGAACAGUACCCCCUCAACCACUAAAUGAUACUGGAGAUGAUGUGGCUGCUACACCGUCAAACCAGAAUAUUAGUCCUUCAAAAGAUAAAAAUUUACCCGCACUCAAUGCUUACUUAAUGGAAAGCUCAUCUUCAGGAGAGGAGCAUGCUCCUACAUCACAACCUGUGGAAACUUCAAAUGAUUUGGAUUUUUCUGAUGUCCCCUUAUGGGAUUGGGACUGCAACUUUAUUUAA